AUGGCGACGUCAACGUCGGGUAUGGCUGCCGAAACGGCGGAUGAAGUUGCGGAUCAAUGCGCUAAUCUUGUAUUAGCGGAUGUGGAUGAUGAAGAGUUCAUUGUGCGAGUGCCGGACCAUUCUGGCGAUCAAGGUGUAGACGACGACACCUAUUAUGCAGUAGGGAGGCUUCUCACGAAUAGACCAGUGCGGUUUGCUUUCUUUCAAGACACUAUGGCUGGUGUUUGGCAGCCUGCUAUGGGGGUGAAUAUGAGGGAGUUGCAACCCCGGAAAUUUCUUUUCCGUUUCUAUCAUGAAGGGGACCUGGAUAGGAUCAUUAGUGAAGGGCCAUGGGCAUUUGAUCAAAGCCUGUUGGUUAUGCAGAGGGUGACCCGCGGUAUGGACCCCGAGAUGGUGCCACUUACGCAUGCGGACUUCUGGAUUCAAAUGCAUAACUUGCCAGUAGGAUAUCGUUCGGAUGCUGUGGUGAGAGCAGUUGGGGCGUGCUUGGGUACGGUUGUGCAGACCGAUGAACGGAAUUUCGAUGGGGCGAUGCGCUCAUUCUAUCGUGUUCGAGUCGCUCUUGAUGUUGCAAAGCUAUUGAAAAGGCAGUUGAAGCUGAAGCGGGAUGAUGGUGGUUGGUCGCACAUUGAUUUCCGAUAUGAGCGCUUGCCAACCUUCUGUUUUCUGUGCGGAAUGAUCGGACAUGGUGACAAGUGGUGUCGCCUAGCGCUAGACCGGACUGUUCUAUCUGCUGAGAAGCUGUAUGGAGCUUGGCUCAGGGCUAGUGCAAGGAGGGGUGCUCCAACACAGAACCAAUGCUGGAUACCAUCGCAGUCGACUGCCGAGCGGAGAAAUUGGAAGUCUCCUGUGAUGGGUGACUCUCACGGCGGGGGUAUUGGUAACCAGGGGGAACAGAUUGUUUUGGAGACAGUGGUUAGUGGGGAGUUAAAACGCCGGCGUGUUGAGGGUGAGGAGCGUGGUGCAGGAGCGAAUAUGGAUUGCGAUACUUCAGCUUCAAAAAACUACUUGGGGGCGGGUCUUGCGGCGCAGACCCGCCAAGAAUCAUGA